AUGCGUGAGGUCAUCUCUAUCCACGUUGGACAAGCCGGAGUCCAAAUCGGAAAUGCUUGCUGGGAGCUCUACUGCCUUGAGCACGGAAUCCAGCCUGAUGGAACUAUGCCAUCUGAUCAACAAGCUGAUGGAGAAUCCUUCACCACGUUCUUCUCUGAUACUGGAAACGGAAGAUACGUCCCACGAUCGAUUUUCGUUGAUUUGGAGCCGACCGUUGUUGAUGAGAUCCGAACUGGAACAUACAAGCAACUUUUCCACCCAGAGCAGAUGAUCACCGGAAAGGAAGAUGCUGCUAAUAACUACGCUCGUGGACACUAUACCGUUGGAAAGGAAUUGAUUGAUACCGUUCUCGACAGAAUUCGACGUCUUGCUGACAACUGCAGUGGACUUCAAGGAUUCUUCGUGUUCCAUUCUUUCGGAGGAGGAACUGGAUCUGGAUUCACCUCCCUGCUCAUGGAAAGACUCUCAGUCGACUACGGAAAGAAAUCCAAGCUUGAAUUCUCCAUCUACCCAGCUCCACAAGUGUCUACCGCUGUCGUUGAACCAUACAACUCUAUCCUCACAACUCACACCACUCUUGAGCAUUCUGAUUGUGCAUUCAUGGUUGACAACGAAGCUAUCUAUGACAUUUGCCGUAGAAAUCUCAGUGUGGAUCGACCAAGUUACACUAACUUGAACAGAAUCAUUUCUCAAGUUGUGUCUUCUAUUACCGCAUCUCUUCGCUUCGAUGGAGCGCUCAAUGUCGAUCUGAAUGAGUUCCAGACCAACUUGGUUCCAUACCCAAGAAUCCAUUUCCCAUUGGCUGCAUACACUCCACUCAUCUCCGCUGAUAAGGCUUACCACGAGGCACUCUCCGUCAACGACAUCACCAAUAGCUGCUUCGAGCCAGCGAACCAAAUGGUGAAGUGUGACCCACGUCACGGAAAGUACAUGGCUGUUUGCUUGCUGUACAGAGGAGAUGUUGUUCCAAAGGAUGUCAACACCGCCAUUGCUGCUAUCAAGACCAAGAGAACCAUCCAGUUCGUUGACUGGUGCCCAACUGGAUUCAAGGUUGGAAUCAACUAUCAGCCACCAACCGUCGUCCCAGGAGGAGAUCUCGCUAAGGUUCCCCGCGCCGUGUGCAUGCUCUCCAACACCACCGCCAUCGCUGAAGCCUGGUCCCGAUUGGACUACAAGUUCGAUCUCAUGUAUGCCAAGCGCGCCUUCGUUCACUGGUACGUCGGAGAAGGAAUGGAGGAAGGAGAGUUCACCGAGGCUCGUGAAGACUUAGCCGCCCUCGAGAAGGACUACGAAGAGGUUGGAGCCGACUCCAACGAGGGAGGAAACGAAGAGGAAGGAGAGGAGUAUUAA